AUGGAUAUUAAACCAUGCCAGGCAGUAAUACAGCAAGAGCAACAACAGCAACAACAGCAGCAGCAACAACAACAACAACAAUUAUUAUUACCACAACAACAACAACAGCAAUGUAAGUCUUUAAUGCCCGUUAACGGAAAUGAAGGAAUGUUAACAACAUCGACAGCAAAUACUUCCGUUACCACACCUUCAAUGACAAAUUCCACACACCAGUUGUCUGCCGCACAAGUAAAUGUCGUCUUCGUCGGUAGUCAGUGUAACACCACAUCUUCCCGUUAUGAAACAGUUAAAGGCAAACUGCCGAACAUUAACAACAUAACCAUAUCAGUCGCAACAGAAAUCGAAACAAGUAAUAGAACAACGGCAGGUCAAAGAAUGUCAACAUCGACGCUGGUCAACGGAAGUUGUAACAACCACAAUAACAUUGGCAAUAGUAGUAGUAACAAUAAUACAAAUGGAAACAAAUCGACAACAAAUCCUUGUGACCCUGAGCCACCACCAUCAUCCUCGUUAUCCCCAGCAUCAGCGGCAUCAUCAUCAACCACCUCUUGUGUAUCGACAUUUGCGCAACUCUCGUUGCAACGACAACACCAACAAGCCUUAAAUCCUUUGGCGUGCUCGGCCAACCGUAUAACCUUAGCUGAAUGCAAUUUGAAUAUCAAUUGCAAUAACAACAGCCACAACAAUCAUCGUUAUCAUCAUCCUCAUUCCCAUCAUCACAAUCUUCACCAAAGUAAUAUUGAAGCGGCAUUGGCUCUACAGCAGCACUUGCUACAGCACCAUCAACAUCAGUUGAAUAAUUCCGCUCAACAACAGAAUAACAAUUGUGUGUUUAAUGUCACCGCUGGCACUAGCACCACAACUAUUGACACAAUGUGUCCAUUGUCACCUGCAUCGGUCACAUCCGCCUCCCUAUCAUCAAGCAAACUAUCGUCAUUGUCAUCACUUUCCGCUUCCUGUUCAUCUACUAACUCGGCAUCCAUAACGACCGCAUUGUCGCCAUUAUCGUGCGGCUAUUGUUGCCAACCAAUUUGUGAUCGUUAUAUAAUGCGCGUCGUUGACACCUCAUUCCACGAGAACUGCCUUAAAUGUGCAACAUGCUCCUUGCACUUAGUGCAUUCUUGCUUUAGCCGCAACGGUAAACUCUACUGUCGUAUCGACUACGAAAGACAAUUUAUGCGUAAUCGUUGCCUUGGAUGCGGUCAUAGGAUAGCUGCUGAUGAGUUAGUGAUGAGAACCCUUGAAGCAAAUGCUUUCCAUUUGAAAUGCUUUGUGUGCGUUGUAUGUGGCGCGGCACUUAAGAAGGGCGAACAGUACGUUGUAAAGCAGGGUCAAUUGUUUUGUCGUUUCGAUUACGAGAAAGAAGUGGAAAUGUUGCAAGGUUAUGAUUUCUACGGUGACGAUAUGCUUACACCGAAGAUGGAUGGCCGUCGCGGUCCUAAACGGCCACGUACUAUUUUGAAUACACAACAACGGCGAGCAUUCAAGGCUUCGUUUGAAGUUUCACCCAAACCCUGUCGUAAAGUGCGUGAGAAUUUGGCCAAAGAAACCGGAUUAAGCUUAAGAAUAGUUCAGGUUUGGUUUCAAAAUCAACGAGCCAAGGUAAAGAAAAUUCAAAAGAAAGCUAAACAAGAAGGCAACAAUAAAAGCAACUGUGAUUCACAAGACUCUCAAGAGUCUGACAACAGUAAUAUGACAAAGAUUAAAGAUGAAGUUCAAAGCGAUAAUGAGUCUAUGAUGGAUUCUCCGUAUUCUAAUAGUAAUGGAAUGGACAAAUUACGCAACUGUCUAAAGGACGAAAAUGAGAAUGCUCCUUUCAAUUGUAUGGAAACUAAUAAAGAAAAUUGCGACGAAAGUAAUGAACCGGUUCUGAAUACAAUUUUGGGUCUAAGUUAUGCCACUUUUCAACAGUUGAUGGGUCCGUUUACACAAACCUCAAUGAUUAAUCCGAUCGAUCGUUUAUAUAGCAUGCAAAAUUCCUACUUUCGUCCUGACGAAUUAGUCUACAAUGAAGUGAUGAACAGCAAUACGAAUAAUGUUGGUGGCGUUAAUGGCAGUAGUAGUAGUAGUGGUGCUAAUGUGAAUCAUAAAGAUAAUGUGGAUAGUUAG